UGGUACUAGUUCAUGUAUGUUCAUUAAUAGCCUAUGUCGCCAGUAAGUCCAAACAUUGGAAUACAUACGAGACAUGCGUGUUUUAUGAUAAGAAAAUAUGUAGAAGAAUAGCUAAUAGUUCAAAGUCCGUCGCUAGCGAAAAUAACGAGUGCUAGGCUCAUCACCCGACACUAUUUGAGUUUCUAUAGUGGGUCACGCUCAACAACAUGGCAGCGGGAUGAUACAGCACAUCCCUCCUCCCUAUAAACAACGCAUCAACGUUGCUCAAAAAUUCAGGAUCACACUCGUAACGUACGGGACAUGGAACACAGCCUCCUCUCAGUCGGAAAGGUUCCCCAGUUGUCUGGUGAUGUUGCAUGCUGCGGUCACGGUCGCAUGUAGACAGUGACAUGUUUGACGAUGGAGGGGGCUGAGUAGAAACUGUGUCCCUGUCUUUCGAGAGUGUAUGCACUGGGGAAGGGUAUCUGAGGUCAACUAAUUGAUUGGUAGACGACAUCGCUAGUUGAGUGUGGUGGGUGACAAUAGAGCUUUAGUGAGGGGAUAUGGUAAGUAAGAGGGCAAGGUAUUGGAUUGAACACU